AGCUCCAAUCACUGCUUACAUAUUCCCAAUGGACCCUCUUUUUUACUUAUUUAAUUUGAUGAAAUACUUAACACCAUGAUUUGUAGGAAAUAUAUUUCCAACGACAUGUCCACGUGCUAUCAACAAACGACCGUUGUGAGAGUUUUGUUGAUGAUGUGUCAAAGGUUGAAAAAAAAGCAACAGAAUUAUGUCGUAAAUUGAUGAGUGUUGUUGAUUCCGCGGUGUUACAUUUGUUUCGUCCUCUGGUUUGCGUUUCGUCCUAGAUGUUUCACACUCCUUCGUACGGGAGCGCCAACAAUUGCUAGCGAUGGAGGAAAAGGCCGCUCCACCGGUUAGCAGCGGUGGCGAAUUGUUCAGCUUACCGGCUGGUCCGGCAACAUUGUGCUUCGACAAGAACGAAUUCAUGAAGAAAACUUUCUCCGUCGAUGAGUUUCUGCACGAGAACCGAAAUGCUGGCAGUUUGGAAAUUAUUCGCGAUGAUCUGGGCCUUUACUUGAAGGUGCUCCGUUCGGCGAUGAUCGAGCUGAUCAAUCAGGAUUAUGCCGAUUUUGUCGAUCUUUCCGCGAACCUCAUUGGGCUAGAUCAACAGAUCGAUGCCAUCGAAGGGCCGCUGAAAAAGUUGCGCGACGAAGUAGACCAGGUGAAGGGCGCACUCGAAGGAAGCAUGAACGAGAUUGCCAGCUGUCUCGAGCAGAAAAAGCUGCUGCGUUCAUACAAGAAAUCGCUCCAAAGUUUGGGUAGAGCGCAAGCUUCGCUGAAGAAGUUAGAAGGCAUGCUGCUUGGCGAAAGGAAAGAUCCGUUCGAUGCAACGUUGCUUGAGCGUGCCGCACUGGAAUCGAUUCAGCUGCAGUUCAACAGCAAAUUUUGCCAUAGCUUUCUGGACGACAGUCAGCGCCAACUCGCACAAGACCUUUGGGGUGAACUGUUGGGCAGGCUGAAAAGUUAUUUGCUGCGUGCACUGGACGAGCCGGAACCCAAGGAGCUGGAACGCUGUCUGCGCAUUUACUGUACGCUGGACGAAUGUCGCACGGCGGAGGAAGUGUUUCGAGGCGAAAUUGUGGCCCCAUUCAUGAACCGUGUCAUCUCGGAAUCUAGCCUGCAGAAUUCGCCCCAAGGCCUGACUGGCAUUUACAAUCAGAUUUUGGAUUUUGUCUCGAUGCACAUGAAGCAGCUGUGUCAGCUGACGAAGCGCAACGGAAAGGUGAAGGGCUACAAUUUUAUUGUGAACAGCUUUUGGGCCGAGGUGGAGCGACGGAUGGAGACAAACAUGUCGUCCAUCUUUGCGCCCGGCAAUCCGGAUGCCUUUUAUCAGAAGUACAAGUGUACGCUCGAGUUUCUGGAACGCAUCGAGCUGAUCAUCGAUGACGCAGACGACGUGGCCCAGUUCAAGGCACACGCACAGUAUCGCAGCUUUCAGCUGCGCUGGAACCUGCCAGUUUACUUCCAGAUACGGUUCCAGGAGAUCGGUGCCGGACUUGAGGCGAGUUGCAGCGAGUCAGCGUCGCGCCAGCUCGCCUCAUCCAUUUCCGCAUCACAGUUUAAUGUAGCGCAAUUUUCUGUCGCCCUGACGGCCAUAUCGAGAUGCUGGCAGGAAGGCGUAUACUUGCCCCAGUUGUUCCACCGGUUCCUUAAGCUCACGCUGCAGAUUCUGGCACGGUUGAGCGUGUGGUGUGGAGAAGUUUUCCUGCUCCCUGCUCGAAAACAAGAGCACGGAGAGGGCGAUUCUGAAGAAGCAACGGACCGUAUUCGCUUCCUGGUAGCGAUGUACUCGGAUCUGCGUAACAUCGAACUGAAAAUUCCCUCCAUUGUGAACCUUGUCGUGGAGAAGAGUCCGCCCGGAACGUCCCGGAAUGAGCUUGAAACCAUAAUAGGCGAAAGUGGAACAAUAUUUGGCGAAAAACGCUUCCAGUUACAGCAAUUGAUUGUAAAAGAAUUGAUCACCGCCAGUCUGCCGCAGCUGCGACAAGUGAGCGACAUACCGAGGCUGUACCGGAAAACGAAUCGUGAUGUGCCUAGCCGCUGCUGCGCAUACGUGGAGCAAGUUCUCGCACCAACGGAUGCGUUUCGGAAAAAUUAUAACUCCAUGAUCGGCGACGAAGCGAUGCGUGAUUUUUUAACGGGUGUUUUCAAUCACGUGACAGUGCAAUACUACCAAAUGAUUGACGAAGUGCUGACUUCCGUGCAGAAGACGGAGGAAUCAUUGAGACGGUUAAAGAAUCUACGCGAUCGAUCGGGAACGUCGAUUACAUCGUCCACGGCAACGUCCUCAAACAGCGUCGAUCGCAUGGCACCAUCAGAUGAUGAUAAAAUCCGCCUACAACUGCAAGCAGACGUCAUGCACUAUGUACGAUUUGUUGAGCAGCAGCCACGCAUUGGCCGGCAGGAUGUGAACCAGCUGCCACAGCUGAUUCAGCUUGUCGAGGACGCUAGCAAAGGACGAUUCGUAAGUGAACAAACGCAGUAACGACACCGGUUCGGGUAGGUUGGUAGGUGGAGCAUAUUGUCGAUGGCCUUGUUAAAUCUUCUCCUAUUCCUAUUCACACCGUUCCCCAAAGAUUCCGUUUCGGUCGGCAUCCUUCUUUCGGCUCAUAGUCAAAUAAAUAUUUAAUAACACGACACAACAA